AGGGGGGGUGGAGCGAGCUGUGGAGGCAGCGGGAGAGAGAGCGCAGAGCAUCCGUGUCAGAGAGGAGAGAAGCUCAUCGUCGAACCACCAGCGGCUUGUUUUCAGGCCCAGCUGCAGCAUCCCUCAUCAUGACUAAAGAGGAGAACCUGGAGGUGCAGGAGAAGGAGAGGCACGACCGGGAGGAGCAGGAGGAGGGGAGGGUCCAGAGAGAGGACGAGGAGGCGCUGACCGAGGAGGAGGAGGAGGAAGAGGACAAAGAGGAAGAAGAGGAGGAGGAGGAGGAGGAGGAAUAUGAACUGGAAGAGAGGGAGGGGCAGGAGAGGGCAGAGGUGGAAGACGACGAGGAGGACGAGCAGGAGGAGGAGGAGCGGGAGGAGAGAGAGGAGCGCGAGGAGGAGGAGGAUCCGCCAGCCGGCCGGGAGUGUGACGCCGAGCCGGAGCCGGAGCCUCUGUCAGUGUCCGAGUACCAGAGUCCAGUUCACGAGCCACGCCGCCGAGCCAUGGUGCACCCCUCUGCCCAGGCACCGCUGCCCAAAGACUACACCUUCACCUUCUUCGACCCCAAUGACCCGGCCUGUCUGGAGAUCCUCAUGGAUCCCCGGACCACCAUCCCGGAGCUGUUCGCCAUCGUGCGUCAGUGGGUUCCCCAGGUGCAGCACAAGAUCGACGUAAUCGGCAACGAGAUCCUGAAGCGUGGCUGCCACGUGAACGACCGCGACGGCCUGACCGACAUGACGCUGCUCCACUACAGCUGCAAGGCUGGAGCACACGGAGUCGGCGACCCGGCGGCAGCGCUGCGUCUCAGCAGCCAGCUGAUCUCUCUGGGCGCCGACGUGAGUCUGAGGAGCCGCUGGACCAACAUGAACGCUCUGCACUACGCCGCUUACUUCGACGUCCCAGAACUGAUCCGAGUCCUGCUCAAAGCCAGCAAACCCAGAGUGUUGAACUCCACUUGCAGUGAUUUCCACUACGGCACAGCUCUCCACAUCGCUGCCUCCAACCUCUGUCUGGGUGCAGUCAAGUGUCUGUUAGAGCACGGCGCCAACCCCAGCGUCCGGAACGAUAAGGGUCUGGUUCCAGCAGACGUGGUUCCUGACCCCAUGGACAUGAGUCUGGACAAGGCGGAGGCAGCCAUGGUGGCCAAAGAGCUGAAGCAGCUGCUUCUGGACGCCGUCCCUCUGAGCUGCAACCUUCCCAGAGCCACACUGCCCAACUACGACAACAUCCCAGGAAACCUGAUGCUGUCCUCGCUGGGCCUGAAGCUCGGCGAGCGCGUGCAGCUGGACGACAUGAAGCUCCAGAGAGACCAGAGCAGAGACGACAGCCCGGCUGCAAACCUCAAACAGACCGGCACUCUGAGGUUUUGUGGGACCACAGAGUUCGCCAGCGGCCAGUGGGUCGGCGUGGAGCUCGACGAGCCGGAGGGGAAAAACGACGGCAGCGUGGGCGGCGUCCGCUACUUCAUCUGCCCUCCUAAACUAGGGAUUUUUGCUCCGGUGUCAAAGAUCUCCAAGGCUGUGGAUCAGACGCCGUCAUCUGUCACCUCCACCCCCCGAACCCCCCGCAUAGACCUGGCCUCCCGUCUGGCUGGAAAGACCAAGAAGGAGAAAGAGAAGAAGGAGAAGGAGCGAGAGAAAGCCCAGAGGAAGAAGACGUCAGUAGCCAGUCUGGAUCCGGAGGGACUGAACGUGGAGGUCGGAGAUCAGGUCCUGGUGGCCGGACAGAAAAACGGCAUCGUCCGCUUCUACGGCAAGACGGACUUCGCUCCAGGUUACUGGUUCGGCAUCGAGUUGGAUCAACCGACGGGAAAACACGACGGCUCGGUGUUUGGAGUCCGCUACUUCAGCUGCCUCCCCAAAUAUGGAGUGUUUGCUCCGCCCUCCCGUGUCCAGAGAAUCGGAGGCCCUAAAGACGGCUCACAGAACGACAAAUCCAUGGUGAAGAAAGUCCACCAGGUCACCAUGUCACAGCCCAAACGCAACUUCAACACCAUGCGCUCUCCUAAAGACCUGACCUCUGAGAGCUCCAUAUCCAGGUUGCUGUUCUGCUGCUGGUUUCCGUGGAUGCUGCGUGCUGAGAUGCAGUCCUAACCACGCCCUCCUUCUUCUCCUCCACCAGAUCGAUCUCUCUGCUCCUCUCUCUCUUCAUCUUUUACUUUUGCUUUCCUCCGUGAGUCUCUGCAGACUUUCGCUGUCGUCAGUCAAACCACUGGUAGUGAAACUCCGCCCCUCUUCUCUCGCAGCCCAAAUCCGUCUAAUUUAGCCGUUCUAUAGCAACAUCUAUAGUGCCUUGUAUCUGAUCAAAAUGUCCUGCUUUCCUUUAAUGAAGCUGAGAAUCCAGCUCUGCUAAAGCAAUUCCCCUAAAAUAUUCUCUUUAUCUCAUUUUGCUUCAGUUCUCAUCUCAUUGUCUCGGCUUGGUAUUCGUUCAUGUUGUGUCUUUAUUUGGGGCAGAAAAACGGCUGUUUGCUUUCUUUAAGGAGAAAAAACGACCACACCGCGUUAGCUUCUGCUGCUACACGUUUUCUUUUAGCUGCUACUUGAUUUGGCUCUCACCAAAUUCUGAACGAACCAGCGGCAGCGAGCUUCGAAUUAGGAAACAACGCUGAUGUUUAAACUCUGGGUUUGUGGUUCAAAAAUGUCUGCACAAAAUGUACUCUGCAGACGUCCCUGAACGCUAACAGCUGCAACAUCCGCCGCCUGCACGUUAUUCUGAGUCCUGAGGGGACGACGUUGAAUUUUCCAAACACACCUUGUGGCUUUGAUUCAAAGUGUUUGUAGAAAACCGGAUAUCAAGCCGCCGCUUCGUGAAUCCUCUCUCUCGUGUCGACUCCGGCUCCCCACCCACUGCAGCACUGAUCCUGUUCAGUUUCGUCCGUGGACUAACCUGCAAACCGUGGCUUUAUAAGAGCCACACACCGGUCUGUCCACUCAGAGGACGUGGUUCCACCUGUGACAGGAAGUCAGUACUCAGAAAACUUCGUAGACUGUCGACUGUGUGGCGACCUUUCAUCACCUGCAUGCUUUAACCUCAGAUGUCAGACUGAAAACAGGGUUAACCAGUUAUCAUAGUGUUACACUUCUAUUUUUUUAUCUUUCAGACGGGUGAAGCAGGCAGAAUUUCACUGUUUGGUUCUUGGUCCUAUGUGAAAUGUCUCACACGUGGACUCUGUAGGUAACGCGGGUGCCGAAAUUUUAUUACAGGAAGUCGAACUCAAUGAAGUUUGUCUGAAAGUUUGACAGUUGAGCCAGAUAACUUAGUCUUUAAUAGAUGAAGCCAAAUACAAACAUUAGUCCACCUAGUUAAAGUACAGUAUGUUCUAGAAAUCCCCUGAAGAGCUGCAAACAGGCCCAAAACGACGAGUGUCUUCAGCCCCCCCACACGUCAUAUUCAUGUUUUUGUGUUGCCGCCGUCACAUCUGAAAAGCUGAAUUUUGGAGUUGAAUAUUUGUUUUUGAUAAUCAGCUGUACAGCUCCUCAUCAAACCUCCAUCUCCUCCAUCUUUUUAGUCUUAACGCAGAAAGUCAAACCCCGGAUAAACCCCCCCCCCCCCCCCCCCCUUCUCUCAUCCUUCUCUCUCCAUUUAAAAGACUUCAGUAUGUGUUGUGAACGUGAGCAUCUGCGAAAAGACAAAAACACAGUCAAUCGAAACUUACGUAUGUGCUUAAUGUUAAAAUCUCAUAACUGAAAACAGCAAUAUGUCAGCCGUGUACCUGGUUCCUGUGUUAAUGCUUCUGUACACUCUGUCAGCACAUGAAUACAGAGAGACGAACGCGCUCGCGCUCUGACGGCCGAGGCUGUCGGCGCCGAGACGCUCCAAACUAACGAACGUUCAGAGGCUUUCAGGUUGAGAAAAUAACCUGUACUGUUCACCUGUGCAGGUGCAUUUACGCCGAGUGACUGAGUGUGAGUUCCUUCAGCACCUUUAGCCAAAAACAAAUGCAUUUACCCAGCUGUGGAAAUCCAAAGUUGUUCAUCUAAAUCCAGGGCUGAUGUUGCAGGCAUUGCAAGGUUUCGCAGGUAACAUCCUCAGUUUAGGACUGCGGGUGGAUGUUCACCUGUACUCAGACAGGUGGAGUUUGUGUAACAGCUCCAGAAAGACUUGAUUUCUGUUUUUUUGUUGGAUGUGAAACUAGCAUAUCCAGCUACAUGUUACCUGAGCCGUAAAACUUUAUCCACGCCUGUCUGCGUCAGUCUAAACUGUGGUUUGGAAUCAUAAAAAUCUCUAACUGAGGACUGGACCUGAAAAUUAUCAGUCAUUUUUACAGAAUUUAUGAGAUUUAUUUGGCGAGUUUUUCUCUCAGCUGCUCUUUGAGCGCUGCAGCGUCGGCUAAAGGAAACACUUUGUGGUUGCUCCUGCACACUGCUGUUGAUGAUUGUUCUUUUUGUUGCCGUAGAAUCAGCUUUAACAUUAUGCUAAUGAAACUGCCGCGCUUUGACUCGUCAGGUGUUCGGUUUAGCUCAGCCAGCUGCGGAGUUUAAUCAGCUGCGAUCGACACAAAGCUUUUCAUUCUAGCUAAAGCUCAAAGCUUAGCUCUGAGCGUUGCUGCUGAAGGAGACAGCGGAAGGCUCAUCCAGCUCCUGAGCUUUGUUGCGAGUUGUGUGUUGAGUUUUGCGUGGUUUCCUGAUUGGUGAACACAGAACUGAUCAGCUUGGCAUUUUAAACACAAACUCGUGGCCUGCCCGACACUCUGCAGUUCACCUAGCAGGGGGAAAGCCGCGGUCAGUUAACAAUCCAGGGCUCCUGCCUGUCCUGAAAAAAACUAGAAUUCGGUAAGCUAGUUUUCCAGGCUUGAACGUUUCCUUAAAAAUGACAUGAUUUCCCAAAAAGUACAAUCAAGUUGGUAGAAACAUUUCAGAAUUUCCCAAAUGCAUUGUCAUACAAUCUCCCUGCAAAUUCCAGCUUUGCUGAGACCAGAUGAAGUUGAAUUUGUGUACACUGAAUUCUUGUAAAUUUCACACUUAAUUGAUCAUAUUAAAUUAACUUAAUGUCAACUCUUUUUGAAAAUCCAAAUUUUGGACUCACACUCCAGUUUUAGCCACUUUUCUGAACUGUAGCACAGACUCUAAGUUAUUGAAACUGUGCUUAAGAUGUUCUGGACGACAGUUUCUUGUAAAUGUGAGAAUCUAUAUGUCACGAUAACACGAUAUGCAGACGACUCACAGCUUUACCUUCCUGCUUUGAUGCUGUUCGCUCCUUCCUCUGCUACUCCAUCCAAACCUGAGCAGAAGAGCCUGAUGAACUAAAGAAACUCCACAUGUUGUAGUUUGCAUCUGUUCAUAAUUUCACACACGGGAAAUGUUUUGCUACAAAUAAACUGCUGCAGCACGCUAAUCGUUGCUAAAGCUCCACAGAGUCAGGACCUGCUGACUCCUUCAUCCUAGACGUCAGUGGACCACAGUGAUGGUGAGGUUUGUCUUUGUACAGUAAACGUACAGUACAGUCAGUGUCCCAGUGAAGCCUCUGUUGGGUUGAACAUAGUGUUCUUACUGCUGUGUAAAUGUGGAGCUUUCUCUGGUUUGGCCAGUAAGUGUCACUAGUGAGUCACUGGUUAAUCAUGUCACUACAAACAAAACGUUAAAUAAGCUUUCCUCAUUACAUAUUCUCUAUUUGUUCUGCUCAAUUUAAAGGACUGUACUGGUUUUGCCUGUUUUAGCUCUUUAACUACAAAAUAGUGUACGUGUACUUAUUUCCUGACGAUUCACAGCCAAAACCUUCCUUCAGGUUUUAGAUUUUUGUCCUCAUUUCUAAGAAAAUCAUUGUGAAACCAACUGCAGAACUUAACAUAACAUUUAGUCGUUUUUAUAUCAUUUGUCUCCCCCUGGUGGCGUAUUUAAGAAUUUCAUGACAUCUGAGACUUAAUGGCGUUCUGCUGUGUUGACACAAAAUCAAACCAAGAAGAUAAACAAUGUGCAAAUACUGAAUUUGGACAUCUAUUACAUCAAAAAGGUUGCAGCAAGAUCAAUUAAUGCCUCGCUUCAACACGCCAAAAAUCACAUGACCACCACAAACAAGGCUGUGUUUGUUAAAGCAAUAAUAUUUUCUGCAUGGAGCUCAGUCUCCAUCCAUCCAUUCACUGACAAACCUCGUCCAGCUGCACACAGAGCUUUAAAUCAGUAUCAUGCCUGGUCUGAGAGAAAUGUCACAAAUUAGUCACAUGGCUAAAAUAACUCAAGAAGCUGUCCACAGUUUCUAUAAAAUGAUCGCUGUGUCAUCAGAUUUGUGGUUAGCUCUGCUCAACAUAGAGGCAGAUGUGAGACCAUUUAUAAUCUGACUCACUCAGUCAUCAUUUUCUUGGGUGUAACCCUUCCAUACACCUGUAGUACCAAGAGUUCACCAGUAGAAGUCGCUACCUUGAUAGUUUGCCUUCAAACACCUCAAAAUGAUUCAGUGCUUCAGAGUCUCAAAUCUCCGUAAAAUGAUUUUCAUGUCAACGACAGCUGCGUGUAAAGAAGGAGAUCAGUGAAAAACUGAUGGAUCGUUUGGAAGAUGAUCAUCAGGGAUGUGAAGCUGAUUUGUAGCCGACGAACUAAAACAUUCAGAAUCACUGGUUUGGUCCUUUAAAUCUUCUAUAAUCGAUCGGUGUACGUGUCUGAGAAUAUAACGUUGAACUCAUUCUCAUAGAAACUAACUCAGCACUGUUUGAACAUUAAUACGUCUUAAGAAUAAACAGUAUAUAGCCUAUUUUUUGAUAACUUCACUAAGUGUACUUUUUGUUUUGUAGUGCGUGUGUGUUGCUUUGUGUUCGGUUACAGUCCGUGUGUGUGUGAAUCACUCCUGUUUGAAACGUGAAGCUGACGGACGUUAAAGAGGAAACAGGAGAGAGCGAGCAUCGGACGUCCUCAUCCUGACAGACACUCACUGCAUGCUCUCUAUCUCUCUCUGUCACUUCCCUUCUCAGUAUUUUCUGGUUUGAGUUUUUCAGUGUGUGUAUCUUCUUCUCAUCAGCAUGGAAGUGCUUCUAAUAUUAACAGUGAAAUGAAUAUAAUAAAGACUUUGAUGUUGUUUUUCUA